AUGCCGAGCGCAACAGCCUCAGGGGCCGACACGGGCGGCGGAGCACGUAACCGCGACCAUAACCAAGGAAACCAGGGCCGCAGCUACACUGUGGAGCAGAAGGCCGCGGUCCUGCGGAUCCGCAAGUGCUCGCCGACAGCCUUUUACGAUAUCCUCGGCCUCGAAGAUGUCAAGACGACGUGUACCGACGGCGAGAUUAAGAAGGCAUACCGCAAGCAAUCGCUGCUGACGCACCCGGACAAGAACGGUCAUGAGCACGCCGACGAGGCAUUCAAGAUGGUUAGCCGCGCGUUCGGCGUGCUGGGCGACAAGGAGAAGAGGGAAAAGUUUGACCGCUUCGGAACGGACCCCGACUCGCGGUUCGGUCAGGCGCAGGCGCAAAACCCGUUUAGCGGAUUCAACAGGAGGCAAGGCGGCGGUGGAGGAGGCGGAGGUGGUGGCGGUGGGUUCGGAGGUGGUAUGGAGGAGAUGACGCCCGAGGAAAUGUUCCAACGGUUCUUCGGGGGUGGGUUUGGCGGAGGACCAUUUGGCGGAGGUUUCGAUACGGGGCCGCAGUUCGUCUUCAACUUUGGCGGCGGACCGGGUUUCAGGGUGCACCAGUUCGGCGGGCAACGGCCGCGAAGGAGGCCGCGUGAGGCGACGGAGCAAGAGGCCGGUGGCAUGUCUACACUGCUGGGCCUGCUGCCAAUUCUGUUGUUGUUUGUCUUCCCGCUCAUCUCGAGCCUAUUCAGCGGCGGCAGCUCGACGCCGUCGACGCCCAGCUUCGUGUUUGACAACCCCAAGGGCCCGCACACCUUGCAGCGCACGACGCCGAACCUCGGCGCGAAGUACUUUGUCGUCCCGUCGGACGUGGAGUCAUUCUCCAAGGGCAAGCUGGAGAAGCUGGACCGCUCGGCGGAGAUCAGUCUUGUGCGCACGCUGCGAUACGAGUGUGAAAACGAAAUGAUGGCGAAGCGGAGGAUGUACGAUGCGGCCAGCGGGUGGUUCUUCCAGGACCCCGACAAGAUGCGCAAGGCGGACGAGUAUGAGAUGCCCGCGUGUAAGAGACUCGACAAGUACAACGUCGGGAGGAAUUAA